AUGAAGUUUUCAGCUGUCGCCACUACCCUCCUGGUCUCCAUGGCCGUCGCCAUGCCGGCUGACCACCCGCCGAAGCCGAACACCCCUCACCCCCCGCAUCCUCCGGCAGUCAGGGACGACGCCCACCAUCCGCCUCACAAGGGCCAGGUCCCGCCUCCUCACCCGCCCCCUCCGGCCGUGAAGCGCGAGGACGACAAGAAGCACCCGCACCCGCCUCCUCCCCCGCCUCCGGCUCCCAAGAAGUCGCCUCCCAAGGAGCGCCGCGGCGGCCCCAAGCCCCCUCCUAAGGGCACUCCCCCGCCGCCUCCUCCCCCGGGCAACAAGCCUCACCCGCCCGAGGCCCGGGACGCUCCUCCCCCGCCUCCCCCUCAGGGCGGUGCUCCUCCCCCACCUCCUCCCGCCAACCAGCCGCAUCCCCCGGCUCGUCGCGGUGGCCCGAAGCCGCCCCCAAAGGGAGCCAACCCUCCCCCUCCCCCUCCGGGAAACAAGCCUCACCCUCCUGAGGCUCGGGAUGCUCCCCCACCACCUCCCCCUCAGGGUGGUGCUCCUCCCCCACCUCCCGUCAACCAGCCGCACCCUCCGGCUGCCCGAGGUGUCCCUCCUCCUCCCCCUCCUCCCCCUCAGGGACCUCCCCCACCUCACGCUGCUCGAGGUGUUCCCCCUCCUCCUCCUCCUCCCCAGGGCCCUCCCCCACCUCCCGCCGGCAAGCCCCACCCUCCCUCUAACUAG